AAAGCCAGGCUCCCGCUGCUGAUUCGUCUCAAGGGGACGGUGGGGAAGGAUGUUUUCCUCGGUGAAGCCGUACGAGAACCAGCGCUACGCCUCCCUGAAGAAGGAGUGUCAGCGGCGGAAGCAGCUCUUUGAGGACCCGCUUUUCCCCGCCAACGAUGACUCGCUCUUCUACAAGUCAAGGAUCCAGGGCAUCCAGUGGAAGCGACCGAAAGAAAUCUGCGAUGAUCCACAUCUCUUUGUGGACGGGAUCAGCUCCCAUGACUUACACCAGGGCCAGGUCGGGAACUGCUGGUUCGUGGCUGCCUGCUCCUCCCUGGCGUCCCGGGAGUCUCUGUGGCAGAAGGUCAUCCCAGACUGGAAGGAGCAGGAGUGGAAUCCCGAGAAACCCGAGAGCUACGUGGGGAUCUUCCACUUCCAGUUCUGGCGUUUCGGUCAGUGGCUGGAUGUGGUGAUAGAUGACCGCCUGCCCACACUCCACAACCAGCUCAUCUACUGCCACUCCAACUCCAGGAACGAGUUCUGGUGUGCCUUGGUGGAGAAGGCUUAUGCCAAGUUGUCGGGCUGUUAUGAGGCCCUGGAUGGAGGCAACACAGCUGAUGCCCUGGUAGACUUUACUGGUGGGGUCUCUGAACCUAUCGACCUGACCGAAGGGGACUACACUGCUGACGAAGCCAAGCGAAACCUCCUCUUCGAGCGUGUGUUGAAGGUGCACAACCGGGGAGGCCUCAUCAGCUGCUCCAUCAAAGCCACGUCAGCGGCUGACAUGGAGGCCCGCCUCGCCUGCGGACUGGUGAAGGGCCACGCGUACGCGGUGACGGAUGUGCGGAAGGUCCGCCUGGGCCACGGCCUGCUGUCCUUCUUCAAGUCGGAGAAGCUGGACAUGAUCCGCAUGCGCAACCCCUGGGGCGAGCGGGAGUGGAACGGCCCUUGGAGUGACACCUCUGAGGAGUGGCAGAAAGUGAGUAAAAGUGAGAGAGAGAAGAUGGGGAUGACGGUGGAAGACGAUGGAGAGUUCUGGAUGACCUUCGAAGAUUUCUGCAAAUACUUCACGGACAUCAUCAAGUGCCGUCUCAUCAACACAUCCUACCUGAGCAUCCACAAGACCUGGGAGGAGGCAGUGCUACACGGGGCGUGGACCAGAAACAAUGACCCCUUGAAGAACCGCUGUGGAGGCUGUAUCAACCACAAGGACACCUUUUUGCAGAACCCCCAAUACGUGUUUGAUGUGAAGAAGGCAGAAGAUGAAGUGCUGAUCUCCAUCCAGCAGAAGCCAAAAAGGACCAGUCGCAAAGAGGGCAAAGGAGAGAACUUGGCCAUAGGCUUUGAUAUCCAUAAGGUGGAGCUGAACAGGAACUACCGGAUGCACACCCUGCAGCAGAAGGUGGCCAGCUCCAUUUACAUCAACUCCCGCAGCGUCUUCCUGAGGACGGACCUGAAGGAAGGCCGCUACGUCAUCAUCCCCACCACUUUUGACCCCGGUCAUGUAGGCGAGUUCCUUCUCAGGAUUUUCACAGAUGUGCCUUCAGAUUGCCGAGAGCUGAUGCUGGAUGAGCCACCACACACCUGCUGGAGUGGGAUGUGUGGUUACCCGCAAGUGGUAUCCCAGAUCCAUGUCCUCGCCGCAGCUGGGCUGAAGAAUCAGGACUCCCAAGGAGGAGCUGACCCUUAUGUGAUCAUAAAGUGCGAAGGGCAAAAAGUUCGCUCUCCAGUCAAGAAGAACACAGUGUCUCCAGAAUUUGAUGUGAAAGGGCUCUUCUACCGCAAGAAGCCAGGACAACCCAUCAUUGUUCAGAUCUGGAACCACAACUUAAUAAGCGACGAGUUCUUGGGCCAAGUGGCGCUCAUGGGGGAUCCCAGCGACCGGCAGUCAGUGCACACGCUGCACCUCCAGGACAAGGGGAACAGGAGAUCAAACGAUCUUUCUGGAACCAUCGCUGUGAGGCUGCUCAGCAGUAGCAUCCUCACCAAUGUCUAAGUACUCAAGGACUCUUCUUCUGGUGCCACAUAUGUAUAUAUAAACAUGCAUACAUACACACAUGUACAGAUAUAUAUAUACGCACACAGAGCCUACCUACCAUCUGCAAAGUGUAUAUGAACUAUGCAUGCAUUCCACUCAAAGGAGCCAAUCUUGUGUUUUCAAUGUUAAAAAAUGGUGCCUUUUUGGGGAACCGCAACGAUCCUUCUGCUGGCGUCCUCUGCAGCCCCCAUCGCCGCCGUGUGCCCUGUGGGAUAGCUGCGAGCACGCUGUGUGUCCUGACAGCCAGAGCACGAUGCCCUGAUGCUGUUUGUUUACACGGGCUGGCACGCACGUGCCACCACGCACACGUGUGGCCACCGCGGUCCCACCAGCCGCUUCAAUGCAUCUUCGAUGUGUCUGCUUGGUUUUAGCGUAGCGUGCGUGGAGUCAUCUCCCGUGAAACUGCCAUUUAAUCGCUUCUCUGUGGAGGCACUUCAGCAAAAGAGAAGUGGAAAAAUAGAUUGGGGCCUUUUGGAUGUUUUCUGGGUACGGGUUUGCAUGCUUGCAACUGGAAGGAAAAUGCACCAAGGCGGUCCCAAAUCCCAAAUCCACAGGGGCAACAAGACUAAU